UCUCACACUUCCGUGGAUCUUACUGUGUUGUUACAUACUGUCCUGCUGUAAAUAUGCACCAACAAAGGCCGAGUCUGCAUCAUGAUCCCCAAAGGCACCAAGCUCCUGUGCCUCGUGCUCUGUCUGGGACAGAGGAUUCAGGCACAGGACCGGAACUUUUCUAUUCCUACCAUAUCUGCCGUACCAGGUUCUGUGGUUCCCUGGAAUGAGACCGUGAAGAUCCUGUGCAAGGGAGCUCCUGAGUCGUACUUAUACCACCUGAAGAUUCUGAGAAACUCUAAGUACCAGCAGGUAAAUGAAAUAUUGGGAUAUCAGAAGGAGGCGGCUGUUUUCACCAUUCACCCCAUGGAUGCAAACUCUGCAGGGAAUUACCGCUGCCAAUAUAGGAGCUACAAAGGCUGGUCGGAGCACAGUGAUGCCCUGGAUUUGGUAGUGACAGGCUUUUAUGACAAACCCUUCCUCUCAGCUGAUCAAGACCACCGGGUGGCACCGGGAGAGAACUUUUCCCUCCGGUGUAGUUCAGCUAGCAUCCCAUUUGACAGAUUUUCACUGACAAAAGAUGGGGGAGUCGAUUUGCCACAGCAACAAAAUGGGGGACACCAAGGCAGCUUCACACUGGGUCCUGUGAACUACAACUUCUCAGGGAACUACAGGUGCUACGGCUGGUACAAUGCCAGCCCCCACGUGUGGUCGUCCCCCAGUAACACCCUGGAGCUUGUUGUCACAGACACCAUGAACCAGGAUUACACUAUGGAGAAUUUGAUCCGAAUGAUCGUGGCAGGUCUGGUCCUUGUGGCUCUCCUGGCAAUAUUAGCUGAAGACUGGCACAGCCGUAGGGUGCUACACAAGGAAGGUAGGCAAGACUUGGCUGAAACAAGCUGCAGUAAACAGAAAUGUCAGACAGAAUGGACCCUUCAACCAGCCCCUAAUGGCCAUUUGGCAGACACCUGGAAAUGUUGAAAGUAGAGAAGAGCCAGAACUUGCGAAGUCCUGCAAAGCUACUUGGAGGACUCAAGGGAGAAAGAGAAACUAAGGAGCUUGGAUCCAUUUUCAAACCAAUCAAAUGGUGUUUUUUUAUGGGGAUCUACUAUUAUGUCCAUCCCAUCUUUCUAGACACUGGUUGUAAUUUUCCAUCUUUAUUCUGAUUUUGCAUGCUGUUUUCAUUUUCCUUCUUAGUUUUUCUUCUUUCUCACGUUUUUUGAAAUGAGUGCCUCUACCACAUAUGAAUAAUUGGUGAGCAUGACUAAAAUAUUCAGAAAAUCCCUCCUUUAUCCUCAAGCUAUCUGUUUUGUUCAUCUAUAAACUGACAAAAGUGAAUGCCACCAUUCUAUGAGAUUUUUUUAUUUAUAUGGUAUUUAUUUAAACACUGGUAUGUGCUUCAUCUACUUUUUUUUUUUUCACUUAAUUUUCAGAAUAACUGGAAAUUUGUGUAAUUUUACCAUCCUGGGGCUUAACAUUUUUUACUGUACCACUAGUUGUAGGCAGGUUCUGGCAUGAAUCUAGCAGUAUGGAUGCCUCACUAAGGGCUAUGUCUUUAUCUUCAGGUUUAUCAUUCAGUUAGGUUCCAAUUUCAUGACAUUCGCUCAUACAGAUGAAGAGUUUAUAAAUAUAAGCAAAUUUAGAAAAUAAGUUUUCCAUAUUGAACUAAGAAGGCAUUUUUGUAUCAUUUGGUAUUGUAAAAACAGAGUGGCACAGUAGUCAAAAUAGCCUGGUACUAUUACAACAGAUACAUAGACCAAUGGAACAGAAUUGAGAAUUCAGACACAAAUCCAGCCACAUAUGAGCAGUUGAGAUUUGACAAAGGCUCAAAGUCUGUUAAAUGGGGAAAAGACAGUCUCUUUAACAAAUGGUGCUGGCAUAACUGGAUAUCCAUCUGCAAAAAAAUGAAACAAGACCCAUACCUCACAUCAUGCACAAAAACUAACUCAAAAUGGAUCAAAGGCCUAAAUAUAAAAUCUAAAACAAUAAAGAUCAUGGAAGAAAAAGUAGGGACAACACUAGGAGACGUAAUACAUGGCAUAAACAGUAUACAAAACACUACUAACAGUGCACAAAUACCAGAAGAAAAACUAGAUAACUGGGAGCUCCUAAAAAUCAAACACUUAUACUCAUCCAAAGACUUCACCAAAAGAAUAAAAAGAUUACCUACAGACUGGGAAAAAAAAUUUGGCUUUGACAAAUCCAGUCAGCGUCUCAUAUCUAAAAUCUACCUGAUACUGCAAAAACUCAACAACACAAAGACAAAUAAGCCAAUUAAAAAAUGGGCAAAGGAUAUGAACAGGCACUUCACUAAAGAAGACAUUCAGGCAGCUAAAAGAUGCUUAAGGAAAUGCUCACGAUCAUUAGCCAUUAGAGAAAUGCAAAUCAAAACUACAAUGAGACACCAUCUCACUCUGACAAGACUGGCAUUAAUCCAAAAAAACACAAAAUAAUAAAUGUUGACGAAGUUGUGGAGAGACUGGAACAUUUAUACACUGCUGGUGGGAAUGUAAAAUGGUACAACCACUUUGGAAAACAAUUUGGCGCUUCCUUAAAAAGCUAGAAAUACAACUACUAUACGAUCCAGCAAUCCCACUCCUUGGAAUAUAUCCUAGAGAAAUAAGAGCCUUCACACAAACAGAUAUAUGCACACCCAUGUUCAUUGCAACACUGUUUACAAUAGCAAAAAGAUGGAAGCAACCAAGGUGCCCAUCAAUGGAUGAAUGGAUAAAUAAAUUAUGGUAUAUUCACACAAUGCAAUACUACACAAUGAUAAGGAACAACGAUGAAGCCACGAAACAUCUCACAACAUGGAGGAAUCUGGAAGGUAUUAUGCUGAGUGAAAUUAGUCAGUUGCAAAAGUACAAAUAUUGUAUGAGACCACUCUUAUAAGAAACCAAGAAAUAGUUUAAACACAGAAGAAAACAUUCUUUGAUGAUUACAAGGGUGGGGAGGGAGGGAAAGGGGUAUUCACUAAUUAGAUAGUGGACAAGAACUAUUUAAGGUGAAGGGAAAGACAACACACAAUACAGGAGAGGUGAGCACAACUGAACUAAACCAGAAGCAAAGAUGUUUCCUGAAUACAACCAAAUGCAUCUAAGUCCAGAGUAGCAGUGGUAGGGGUUUGGGGACCACGGCUUCAGGGGACAUCUAGGUCAAUUGGCAUAACAAAAUGUAUUAAGAAAACAUUCAACAUCCUACUUUGGUGAGUGGUGUCUGGGGUCUUAAAUGCUAGCAAGUGGCCAUCUAAGGUGCAUCAAUUGGUCUCAAUCCGCCUGGAUCGAAAGAGAACGAAGAACACCAAAGACACAAGGUAAUUAAUUAUGAGCCCAAGAGACAGAAAGGGCCACAUAAACUUGAGACUACAUCAGCCUGAGACCAGAAGAACUAGAUGGUGCCUGGCUACAAUGGAUGACUGCCCUGGCAGGGAACAAAACAAAGAAUCUCUGAUGGAGCAGGAGAAUAGUGGGAUGCAGACCUCAAAUUCUAGUAAAAAGACCAGACUUAAUGGCCUGACUGAGCCUAGAAGGACCCUGGAGGUCAUGGUCCCCAGACCUUCUGUUAGCCCAAGACUGGAACCAUUCCCAAAGCCAACUCUUCAGACAGGGAUUGGACUGGACUAUAAGACAGAAAAUGAUACUGGUGAGGAGUGAGCUUCUUGGCUUAGGUAGACACAUGUGGGCAUCUCCUGUCUGGAGUGGAGGCGAGAAGGCAGAGGCAGACAGGAGCUGGCUGAAUGGACACGGGGAAUACAGAGUGGAGAGAAGGACUCUGCUGUCUCAGUAGGAGGGGAGCAACUAGGAGUACAUAGCAAGGUGUAUAUAAGUUUUUAUAUGAGAGACUGACUUGAUUUGUAAACUUUUACUUAAAGCACGAUUUAAAAAAAAAAAAAAAAAAAAACAGCAUGGAA